AUGAAUGCGCAGCGGCCAAAUGCUGACCUUUGGAUUGAUCAUCCCGGCGGAAACCAUAUUCGUGGCGGACCUUCUGAUUAUAUGAUGAAUGGUAUUGGCACUUCUGCCGUAGACAUGAAAAGUUUGACAGGACCUGAAGUUGUUGAGUCUCCUCCACCGAGGUAUCAUACUAUGCAAGAUUCCACCUAUGGAACAGUGUCGAUUCGUCACACUCGAACACCUACUCGACAUUCUGUGUCCUCAUAUGACGAUGACUUGCGUCGUUUGGAUCUUGAAGGUCGACGCCCUGUUGUUAUUGGUCGAGCUAAGCCGAUUCUUGCCACCGUUGCUUAUGCACCAACAUAUGAAGACAGUCAGGGUACUUUGUCAAGGAGUUAUCAUCAUUCAGAAUCGAGUCUGGAUGGACAAAGACAACGCACACCACAAGUUGUUUACACCGGUAGUGGAAGGCAUCAACCAAUUGCCAAAGUAGAACUUGGGGAUUCCCCCUAUGGAUCGACGUCAGCGCUAACAACAACACCUCCUGUGCCAAUGCAGGCACCACCACCGGGACCACCGUCAAUGAUUGAUGGCUACCGAACGCUUCGUGGAGGCGCUAAUGCCUCGAGUCAAAGUCAAGGUCCAUUCAGGUGCAAAUUUUUCAGCUCAUACGCAUCAUGUUCGUCUGAUAUCGAAGCAGAGAAGAAGCAAGUUCAGUCCGAAGUGGUUCCCACUGUCAAUCCUGCUGCAGUGCGGCCGUCCAAUUCAACUGAAGAAUUGAAUGCUCAAAUGGAGAACUUAGACACAAUGAUUGACGAUCUGCAGGCACUCCAACAUGAAUUUGGGGUUGUGAGCUGA